AGCCUGUGCUCUGCAACUCCAGAAACAGUUACAGGACCCUCUGUGAAAAGAAAUGAUCCUUUACCCAUUUUUUGAGUGGUUGGAUCUGAAAGGCUGGCUAAUUUUCCUUUUAGUUUUGCUAUUGCUUAUUGAUGUAAUCAGGAAUAAAAAUCCACCCAACUAUCCACCUGGUCCAUGGCCACUACCCGUCCUAGGAAAUAUCUUCACUGGGGUUGACUUCAAGACCAUGGAUAAGUUGGCAGAGGAGUAUGGGGAUGUUUUCAGCCUGAGAUGGGGCAGUGAUAAAGCAGUCUUUGUGUCAGGAUACAAAAUGGUUAAAGAGGCACUGAUCACCCAACUUGAUAGCUUUGCUGACCGUCCUGCCAUUCCCCUGUUUCACGAAGUCUUCAAAGGUCUUGGUGUGGCAUUGAGUAAUGGGUACCUAUGGAAGAUGCAAAGGAAGUUUGCCAAUUCUCACCUGCGAUACUUCGGGGAGGGCAAAAAGAGCAUAGAACUAAGUAUCCAACAAGAGGGUGUCUUCCUGUGUGAGGCUUUCAAAGAGGAGAAGGGUCCUUUUGACCCCCGCUUUAUCUUAAACAAUGCUGUUUCAAACAUCAUCUGUUCCCUUAUCUUUGGACGUCGUUUUGACUACAAUGAUGAUCACUUUCAAAGGAUCCUGCGUUUAGACGCUGAAGCCAUAGAAUUGGCAGGCUCUGCUCAGGCUCAGCUGUACAAUGCUUUCCCAGGACUCUUCAGAUACCUACCAGGCCCCCAUCGGAAGAUUUUUGCAAAUUAUCGCAUAAUCACAGACUUCCUGAGAGAAGAGAUCAGAACACACAAAGAGGAGUGGGAUCCUUCUGACCCGCGGGAUUACAUAGAUGCCUAUCUGACAGAGAUGGACAAGAAAGAGAGUGAUCCUGAGGCUGGUUUUAACAUAGAAUCUCUGGUGGUGGCCACUUUGGACAUGUUUGAAGCUGGGACUGAGACAUCUGCCACUACCAUACGCUGGGGUCUGCUGUUCCUCAUGAGAUACCCAGACAUCCAGAAGAAAGUUCAAGAUGAGAUUGACAAAGUAAUUGGCCAGUCACGACAACCCACCUUGGCUGACAGACCCAACAUGCCUUACACUGAUGCUGUCAUCCAUGAGACACAAAGAGUGGGUAACAUUGUGCCCUUGGGUUUCCCUAAAAUGGCAAGCAAAGACACCACCUUGGGUGGAUACUUCAUUCCUAAGGGAACUCUUUUGAAUACAAACUUGUCGUCUGUACUGAAAGAUAAAAAUGAGUGGGAAACACCUAACGACUUUAACCCAGGGCACUUUUUGGAUGAUCAAGGCAAGUUCCGCCGACGAGAUGCCUUCCUCCCGUUCUCAGCAGGAAAGAGAGUGUGUCUAGGGGAACAAUUGGCUCGUAUGGAGCUCUUCCUGUUUUUCACCUCAAUUCUCCAGAGGUUCACCAUUGUCCCCGGUCCCAAUGAGGAGUUAAGUCUGGAAGGCCAACUUGGGUUCACAUAUUCCCCCAGUCCAUACAAGAUUUGUGUAGUCUCACGCUCCAUGUUUUUCAAGUCUUUGUUUGAUUGUUUGGAUAUUCAGAGCUGUUUGUUAUUUCUUUUUGUUUUUUUACUUAUAAGUGACAUCGUCAAGAACAAGUAUCCACCUAAUUAUCCCCCGGGACCCUGGCCGCUACCUCUUCUUGGAAAUGUUUUCAUUUCAGCUGACCACAAAACUGUAGAUAAGCUGACGGAGCAGUAUGGAAAUGUUUUAAGUCUCAGGAAAGGAAGUGAAAGAAUGGUGUUUGUGUCUGGAUUCAAAAUGGUGAAGGAAGUUUUGGUCACACAAGGGGAAACCUUCAGUGACCGUCCUGUGUCCCCUCUGUUCCAUGAGACUUACAAAGGCAGAGGCUUGUCUUUCAGCAAUGGUCAUGCCUGGAAGAAGCAGCAGCAGUUUGCUAUAGGGCACCUGAAAAACUUUGGAGAGGGGAAAAAGACCCUGGAACACCACAUUCAGCAGGAGUGUCGCUUUCUGCGUGAGUCUUUCAGAGAGGAGCAAGGCUGUCCAUUUGACCCCCUACACAAAAUAAAUAAUGCAGUGGCCAAUGUCAUUGGCACCCUGGUGUUUGGACAUCGUCAUGAGUAUGAUGACAUCCAGUUCCAGAAGCUUCUACAGAUGAGUGCAGAGUCUGUGUACCUCACUGGCUCUAUAUGGCAUCAGAUGUUUGAUGCCUUCCCUGGGAUUAUGAAGCUUCUACCAGGACCUCAUCACACAAUCAUCUCAAAUUAUCGACGAUUGGCAGCUUUCUUGAAGGAAAAGGUAGAAAAACACAGAUUGGACUGGAACCCUGAUGAACCCAGAGAUUUCAUCGACUCCUACCUUACAGAAAUUGAGAAGAAUGAUCAGGAGGCCCAGUUUGAUGAGGACAAUCUUGUGUGGUGCAUUGUGGAUCUGUUUGAGGGUGGAACAGAAACCACUACAAACACUCUUCGCUGGAUGCUGCUCUACAUGAUCAAAUACCCCGAUGUCCAGGAGAAGGUCCAGGCUGAGAUAGACAGAGAAAUUGGAUGGUCACGCCAGCCUACGAUGGCUGAUAGACCCAACAUGCCAUACACCAAUGCUGUCAUUCAUGAAGUACAUAGAAUUGGCAACCUUGCACCUUUGAAUAUGCCAAGGAUGGCCCGAAAAGAUACCACUCUUGGAGGCUAUUUUCUCCCCAAGGGCACUGUGGUGAUUACCAAUCUCACAUCUGUUCUGUUUGAUAAAAAUGAAUGGGAAACACCACACAUCUUCAACCCAGGACAUUUCCUGGACUCCGAGGGGCAGUUCCGCAGAAGAGAAGCCUUCUAUCCCUUUUCUGCUGGUAAGAGGCAGUGUCCAGGUGAAUACCUGGCUCGAGUGGAACUGUUCUUGCUCUUCACCACCCUCCUGCAAACUUUCACCUUUUCCCCUCCCCCUGGUGUGGAACCCAGCCUGGAGAGCCAAGUUGGCUUCACACAAACUCCCCUACCCUACAAGUUCUGUGCAUCUCCACGCAGAAUACCGACAUGAGGACUCUACUCCUCCACUUCCAGCUUUGCAGUUCUGUCCAUGUAGAAAGAGAGUAUAUUCAAAUUUAUUCCAGUUCAAAGGUACUGCAUAUAUUUUUUGACACCUAAACUGUUUUUUUUAAUUAACAUUAAUCCUUUAUCUCUUACAAAUUUUUUAUUUUUGUAAUCUGAUCAUCUCUGAGAGUCCCAUUAAGUGAUUAUGAUCUAUUGUAUUACCCAUUUUACACAUUUCACAUUAAUCUUUUGUGUCUCACAGUCGAUUUAUUGUCUUUGUAAUCUGAUUAACUGACAUGUCAUAGAAUCUGAGAACAACUAACACUGCAAUAUGUUUGGAAUUCAUAAAAGGCAUCUGAAAACUUGCUAAUGCUUGA